CGACACUGCCCCCUCCCGCCACUGAGCCCUCCACAGAGGGAGAGGAGCCCCCUGAGGAGGACUCCCCCAAAUCACCCCCCCAAACUCCCCGAGGGGGAUGAGGAGGAACUGGGACCCCUGCCUGACAAUUGGGAGAUGGCCUACACAGAAAAAGGAGAGGUCUACUUCAUAGAUCACAACACCAAAACCACAUCAUGGCUGGAUCCUCGGCUGGCAAAGAAGGCCAAACCACCUGAGGAGUGCAAAGAGGACGAGCUGCCGUAUGGCUGGGAGAAGAUUGAUGACCCUAUCUAUGGCAGUUACUACGUAGACCACAUCAACAGAAGGACCCAGUUUGAGAACCCCGUCUUGGAGGCCAAGAGACGACUGGAGCAGCAGCAGCAGAUGCAGAGCCAGGGACUGUCAGCUCUGCCCUUACCGACUAUUUACAGAGAGAAGCCCCCGUUCACACGGGACCCCACACAGCUGAAGGGCUCCUUCUUGUCAACGGCUCUCCAGAAGAGCAACAUGGGAUUUGGCUUCACCAUCAUUGGAGGGGACGAGCCGGAUGAGUUCCUGCAGGUCAAGAGUGUCAUACCUGAGGGCCCAGCCGCACAGGAUGGGAAGAUGGACACAGGUGACGUUAUAGUCUACAUCAAUGACAUCUGUUGCCUGGGCACAACACACGCCGACGUGGUCAAACUCUUCCAGUCCGUGCCCAUCGGCCAGAGCGUCACCCUGGUCCUCUGCCGGGGAUACCCCCUACCAUUUGACACUGAGGACUCUAUUGGGGUGUCCACCAGCACCAGCCUGACCCCCACGGGCCUGGAACACCGACCCCUGGUGGUGAAUGGGCGCAGUAGCUAUGACCCUUACCUGGAGUACCUCUCCCUGAGUUCCCAGCUCCCUCCCCAGGCUCUAACACAGCCCGGGGCACCCCACCUUGAUGGGUCCUCACUACCUCCCACCACCGUCCGGUCUGCACAGGCCAUGGCACCGCACGACGACAACAUCUCCAUGGCAUCGUCGGGGGCGACAGGGAUUGCCGGGGGCGUGAUCCAGGGGGCAGAGCUGCUGACCGUAACCAUUGUGAAGGGGGCAGAGGGGUUCGGAUUCACCAUCGCCGACAGCUCCACUGGGCAGUGUGUCAAACAGGUGUUGGAGCCGGGUGUACAGGGCGGAGUGGGUCUGAGUGAAGGAGACCUAAUACUGGAGGUGAACCAGCAGGGUGUUGUGGGGGCAGGACAUGGACGUGUGGUGGAGCUGCUCAAAGAGUGUUCUGUCGGAGCCGAGGCCACGCUACUCAUACAGAGAAGAGGAGGGGCAGGUCACCUCUCUCCAUGGAAGACCUCCAAACAGGUACCAGAGCAGUGGGACCCCCAUGGUAAUCCCCAGACCAGUCUGUCAGCCCCAGUGCUUCCCUCAGGCACACCCUUCCCUACCCAGCCACAGCACAGCACCUCGGUCCCCGACUCAACAGAGGGCUUCGACCUCAACAAGCCCGACCCAUACGACCUCUAUGAGAAGUCUAGGGCCAUCUAUGAGAGUAGGCGUCCAGAGUACCAGGAUGUGGAGGUGCACCUGUUGAGGGAGAAGACUGGGUUUGGCUUCCGCAUCCUGGGGGGAGACGAGGCCGUGCAGGCUGUGAGUCCGGACGCCCGUGACAAGGCUCGUAUGGGACGGGCUGGACAACACACACACACACCAUAUAAUGCAUACCUAACACACCAUAAUACAACCAAACUUAACAACAUAAUACACACCUCACACAAGCACGUAUAUCCUCAUUUAACACACCUGCUGCCUGCUGCUGCCUACACACUUAAUAGCAUACACACCGAACAACAUAUAAUGCCAACCUAACAUCAUAAAAUACACACCUAACACCAUAGUAACCACAUACACUAUAACACACACUUAACGUAAUUUUACACACAAUAUAAUCAAAUUAAACCUGACAACUUGAUAGAGGAAUUCUAAAUUCCUUUAUGUUUUAUUGCCAAAACCAAUUCACACUCGUUUCUAAUUCAUUAAUAAGGUGUAAGUUCAUU